AUCACACCAUCAAAGCGAACGGUACUUUUUGACGUAUACGCACUGCGCUGCUGCAGGUGUCAACCCGUGAAACAGCUGUUUUGUUCCGAACCUAUUUUGCUAGCUAGUUUUUCGUCCGCAAUCAAAAUCGAUUUUUGGAAAAAGAAAACUUAAAGUUUAUCGAAAUUUCAUCGAGAAAAAAAUUGCACUUCCAGCAGCAAUUAUUUUGUCGAUAGAGAAAGGAACUUUUGCAACACGAGAAAUAACUAGUUUAGUUAGGAAGGUCGACCAUCCGCUGCGCCGGAGAAUGGCCAGCUGUUGAGGGAGGAAUUAGAUUGCUGUUUUGUCACCCCCCUAGAACAGCUGCCAAACAUGAGGAACGUUGUACCGGAUUUGAUCAUCUGCUUCAUCGUGAUCGUCACGGUUACGGUGGUGCGGCUCGUGUCCAACAUCCUGCACGAGAGUCUCGGAGUAGGACCGGGCACGAUUCCGGCGGCCAUCGUCGUCGAUGGGGUCGCAGUGUUUCGGGAGGAGCAGACCCUGACGCUUUCGCAGCUGAUCGAUCGCCGCUCGAAGGAAUACUCCUGGUUGAUUCGGCUAUCGGUGAAUACUUUCGGGUAUUUGUGCGUGUUUGUUCCGGGAGUGUUGAUCUACAAGUACACACGCAGGAUCAAGUAUCUGGAGCGGUCGGACAAGUCACCUUUUUCAAACGUGAUCCGGUUCUGUUUUGGAGGAGCGAGCGAUGGGGAACGAGCUGAUGGACGGGGCCAGGACAAGGGUGGCAAGUCGGGUAAUUCGAUGCGGGAUUUUAUUCUGCUGCUGUGGUGCCUGUUUGGGCUAAUGACGUCCUACUUGACGUGGGGCGUCCUGCAGGAAAAGAUCAUGACGCAAGAGUAUGAGAAUGCGGACAAAAAGAAGGCUCACUUUAAGGAUUCGCAGUUUUUGGUGUUUACGAACCGUGUGCUAGGAUUUAUGAUCACGGCGGUUUACCUGACCGUGAGGAAGCAGCUCAAGCAACGUGCUCCGCUGUACAAAUUCUCGUACGCCUCAUUUUCAAACAUCAUGAGCGCGUGGUUCCAGUACGAAGCGCUCAAGUUCGUCAACUUCCCCACCCAGGUCCUAGCCAAGUCCUGCAAAAUCAUCCCCGUCAUGAUGAUGGGCAAAAUUAUCUCCCGCAACAAGUACGAGUUCUACGAGUACCUCACCGCCAUCAUGAUCUCCGUCGGAAUGAUCUUCUUCCUGACCGGCUCAACGGACGAGUCCAAAACAACCGCCAUGACCACGCUCACCGGUGUCCUGCUCCUCAUCUGCUACAUGACCUUCGACAGCUUCACCUCCAACUGGCAGGGCGAACUGUUCAAAACGUACUCCAUGUCCUCGAUCCAGAUGAUGUGCGGCGUCAACCUGUUCAGCACACUCUUCACCGCCGCCUCUCUCUCCAUGCAGGGCGGCUUCUCAUCCUCGCUCGAAUUCGCCGCCGAACACCCAAAAUUCGUACUCGACUGCGUCGUUCUCUCAAUCUCCUCCGCCAUCGGCCAGCUCUUCAUCUUCUACACGAUCGCCACCUUCGGCGCGGUCGUCUUCACCAUCAUCAUGACCCUCCGGCAGGCGAUCGCCAUUCUGCUCUCCUGUCUGAUCUACAAGCACAGCAUCUCCUUCCUCGGCAUCGUCGGCGUGAUGAUCGUCUUUCUCGCAAUCUUCCUCCGUGUCUACUGCAACCAGCGGCUAAAGGCCAUCAAGCGAAGGCAUGCCGGAACGACGGAAGGGUCCUCGGCCCUCGUUGGCAAGCCGCGACUCAACGUUUGAACGUACCAAAAAGAAAAAAAAAACUUAACCACGUUUUAGUUUUAAACUUAAAAUCGCACAAGGAAGAGUUAACUUAA